AAGAUGACUGGAGUUUUUGAGAACUUAAAUACUGAUAUGCAUUCGAACCAGAUUACCUCAAGCAAUUACCACAGCUUGCACAAAUCGCAGGAGUCCCCGACUCUGCCGGUUUCCACGGCGACGGACAGCAGCUAUUACAACGGCCAGCAGCCUGGGCACUGUGCCGGGUCACCGUUUGGACAACUAGGCACUUACCAGUACCACAGCAGCGCCACGAGUUCUGUGCCAUAUAACGCAAAGUCAUACGACCUCGGUUUCAACACAUCGUAUGGUACAUACGGUUCUUAUGGCUCCAACUCAUCGCCAACUCCCGCAGACACAGAGAAAGAUGAGAGCGAGCCAGAAAUCCGGAUGGUUAAUGGAAAACCAAAGAAGGUCAGGAAACCUCGAACCAUUUACUCCAGCUUCCAACUGGCUGCACUUCAACGGAGGUUUCAAAAGACUCAGUAUUUGGCUCUACCAGAACGGGCCGAGCUGGCAGCGUCGCUGGGCCUUACGCAAACACAGGUUAAAAUCUGGUUCCAAAACCGCCGCUCGAAGUUCAAGAAGCUGUGGAAAAGUGGAGAAAUCCCCCCAGAACAACAUGUUGCUUCCAGUGAAUCUCCCCCGUGCACGUCUCCACCAACUACCGCCUGGGACUUUCCACAGACUCAAAGAAUGAACAAUGUCAGCUCUAGUUUACCUCAGAGCAGCAGCCCUCCAAACACGACUGCGCCUUCGUCGUUUUUGGCAAACUACUCCUGGUACUCAACUACGAACUCUGCCACGCAUCUGCAGCCUCCUCUGGUUCAGCAUCACCACAACUCCGCCAUAAGCGCUGGGACGAUAUUCUGA